AUGGUCAAGCCACUGAGCUUCAAGGGCGACAAGAAGCCCAAGAAGCGGAAGCGCGCCGCCCAAGCCGACCGCGACGACGGCGAGGCCGGCCCCUCGCGGGCGCAAAAGGCCGGCAUCAACGAGCGCGACCUCGCCCCGGACGACGAGAGCUGGGUCUCGGCCGACGUGGCAGCCGACGUGGUCGGGCCCGUCAUGAUAGUGCUGCCCAUCGAGGCGCCGUCCGCGCUGGCGUGCGACCCCAGCGGCAAGGUGUUUGCGAUGCCGGUCGAGAACAUCGUCGACGGGAACCCGGCGAGCGCCGAGCCGCACGACGUGCGCAUGGUGUGGGUUGCGAACAGGGUAUCCGGCACGGAUGACUUCCGCUUCAAGGGCCACCACGGACGGUACCUGGCUUGCGACAAGAUGGGCUUCCUGUCCGCCACGUCGGAGGCCGUCUCGCCCCUCGAGUGCUUCCACGUCGUCCCCGCGGCCGACGCCGCCGGCACCUUUCAGCUGCAGACCUCCCACGAGACUUUUGUCACAGUCAGGCCCGAUGCGUCGUCCAAGUCGACUUCCCCUGCUGAUCUGCGCGGCGACGAGGACAAACACACGGCGCAUACGACGAUGCGCAUACGGAUGCAGGCCCGGUUCAAGCCCAAGCUCAAGGCGUCCAAGGAGGAAAAGGCACUGUCCAAGAUUAGUAGGCGGGAGCUGGAGGAGGCGGUGGGGAGGCGCCUGGACGAGGACGAGGUCAAGGUGCUGAAGAGGGCGAGAAGGGAGGGGGAUUAUCACGAGCGGCUGCUGGACUUGAAGGUCAAGAAUCGCCAUGACAAGUUUGGAUGA